AAAAACUGGGCCAUAACAAUAUAGAGACAAAACUAUUUAUUUAUUUAUUUAAAGUGUUCUUUCUUUCUGCUGCUGCUGUUCUGAGGGCUGCCACACAAAGUUUUGUUGCAUUGCAUGGAAUGACAAUAAAUUAUCUCAUCUUAUCUGAUCUCAUAUCAUCAUUACCAGAUAACAUACUGGGAAAAUGCAAAUUCCAAAAACAUACAGGUACAUAACUUAAAUGGUUACUACUUAUAUUUGGCAGGGCGGGUCAUGUAGCACUAUGUAAAAAGUUGCUAAAUAUUGACGUAGUGUCCAGUUCCAAGUUGUCCCACAAAUCGAAUGCCAGCUGUUCUUUCGACCUAGUCAAUAAAAUGUAUUUUAUAUUCCAAAAAAAAUGAUCCUACAUUCAGCUAAAAUAUGAAGUUUUAAUUUUUCCUCAGACAAAACCAUAUUUUAAAAUUUUCAAUAUUUAUUUGUUUUUUGGCUGUGUGUCGUUUAUCCUUAAUUCAUGAUGUGGGUUCCUAUUAUUAUUAUUGUCUACUAUUAUCUAUUAUUGCGUCCCUCCAGCCGGGUGUCUGUCUCUGACACAGUGAAUCUACUUGAAAAUGAUGUAACCUAAUGUCUGUGUCGACGGAGGUUCUUCAAGGCUAUCAGUAUGAGCUUUUGUUGGUUGUUAGUCAGGGUGGCUUUAUUGUCACGCUUUUGUCACGACAGGCCGAGAGAACUGGGACGGAAAGACCCGAGUGCGGAGUCGUUCGUCUGGAGUCAGAGGAUCAGGUAUAACAAUCUGCCAGCAUGCUUCGCUGCAGACCGACACCCCCCGCCCUGGUGCUUCUGGUGUUGCUGCAGGGGGUUGCCGUGGUGCUGCUGGUCGGCUGGUAUGGAAACCUGCUCCCAUCCAUCAGGGCGCCGACACAGGGCAAAGUGCACGUGCUGCUGCUGUCGUCCUGGCGCUCGGGCUCCUCCUUCCUGGGACAGGUCUUCAGCCAGCACCCGGACGUCUUCUAUCUGAUGGAGCCGGCGUGGCACGUGUGGACAACGCUGCAGCAGCCGGGGGCCAGGGCCCUGCGUAUGGCUGUGCGCGACCUGGUGCGGAGCGUGUUCCAGUGCGACUUCUCCGUGUUCGAGGCCUACACACCGGAACAUCGCAACGUCUCCAACCUCUUCAUGUGGAGUCACAGUCGCGCCCUGUGCUCGCCGCCUGCUUGCCCCCUCACGCCUCGGCGGGCCUUCAGCAACGAGAGCGAGUGCAAGCGGCGCUGUGAUACGCGCGGCCUGCAGGGGGCGGAGGACGCCUGCCGCAGCUACAGCCAUGUGGUGGUCAAAGAGGUACGCUUCUUCGAUCUGGUCUCCCUCUACCCGCUCUUGCGUGAUCCCGCCAUUGAUCUGCGCAUCAUCCACCUGAUACGGGACCCGCGGGCUGUGGUCAAGUCCCGCGAGCAGGCGGUCAAGGCCCUCAUGAGGGACAAUGCGCUGGUGCUGGAGGAGGGCGACGCUGAGGUGAUCGACACACAGUACCGCGUCAUGCAGGAGGUCUGCCGCAGCCACGUGCGCAUACACGAAACGGCCACGCUGAAGCCCCCGGACUUCCUGCGCGGGCGCUACAAGAUGGUGCGCUACGAGGACUUGGUGCUCAACCCGCUGGAUGAAAUAGAGAGCAUGUACAGUUUUGCCGGUCUGGAGAUGAACAUGCAGCUCCAGGAAUGGAUUUAUCGGAUCACCCAUGGCAAGGGCAAGGGCACCAGGAAGGAGGCCUUCAAGAUCACAUCGCGCAACGCAAAGGAUGUGGCCCAGGCCUGGCGCACCACUCUGCCUCACGACAAGGUGCAGCGCAUUCAGGAGGUCUGCAAGGGCGCCAUGUCCCUGCUGGGCUAUCGGCUUGUAGACAGCAAGAAGGAGCAGGCGCAGCUGGACCUGGACCUAGUGGAGUCACGUAAGCACUACCGCUUCACCUGGCUGCCUCGCAAAACUACCACGCCGAGCAGGGGAUAGGCUUGGGCCCUCCUGUCCCUGUCCCCCGAGGACCCCGCGGCCCUGUCUUAGAAUUGAUGUAGGUCUGGACGUCCCUAAUGUUUUGUUGACCCUGUAGGCCACGUGGAAAAUGGUCAUUGACUAAAGGCACUUUUGAUCGCUGAUUUGCGGCGCCCUCUGGUGGAGGAGCACUGAGCUGCACUGAGCAGCCUGUCCUGCUCACCGCUCUUGUUCCAUUGACUUGUUGUGCAGGAUGCUGCUUGCCUGACCUCCAGACUCCAGAUGUUUAAAAAGAAAAAGUUCACAAAGCGCACUCUUUUCCUGACAUUACGUCAGCCCGGCGACGGGCAAGGAGGAACUCGCGCCUUUCAGCUGUUGUAGCAUAAUUUAAAUAUGUAGGAUUAAGUACUGGUUUGGCAGAUGUUUACAAAGAUGAAUGGAUACAGUGACUUGUCUGUGUGAAUUUGCUGGUGGGUAUUUAUAUUCUGCUUUACUUUGUAGGUACAUUGGGAGUGAGCAAAUAAGAUUUUAAACAAGUCCAAGUGAAUUAUAUGUACUUAAAGGGAGGAUACAAAGAUUGCUGCAUCCACUUUAUUUUCCCAUCUGUUUGUGUCUCAGCAGUUUUGCGUUGUUUGACGCUUCUCGAACCGACAGCAUCUCCCAUGUUGACAAGGAAAUCAGCAAGUAAUUAAAUUGUUUGGUUAAUGUAUUGCACAUUAUGUGGUACUUACAGUAUAGUUUACCGAAUAUUGGAACUGUAGAACAAAGCAUACAGUUUAUGAUCAAAACACGGCCUAAGACUAAUAUCUGAAAUAAUUGCUGUUGUUACACUGUUACCUGUCUGUCCCUUUUGAGGAAAUUGGGGAAACUAGUUAAAAUGUGAGGCCUGUAUGACUCCUCUUCCCUAAACUGUGUCAGUAUGUUCACCCAAAUUGUGGACGGGGCAUCACUGGCAUACAGUGCUUGAUGUUGUGUUGCAUGUUCUUACAUACUGGUUUUCAGUUGCGCUCAUCUCUCGUAUAACGGUGUCCCAUAAAAUGAGAAAUUUGUGCAAAAACUUGUGAAAAUAUAGUUUUUUUUUUUUUUUUUUUUUUUUUUUUUUCGUACAGCAGGCUUAUUAUUGCUUACCACAGCGUUUUUGCUUGGUUGUGCAGUUAUCUGAUUUCCAGAACAGGUAUUUCAUUCAUUGCCUGCCAUGUCCUUCACUCUGUACAGCACAAGGACACAAUACUUCUUCUAUAACAAAACCAACCACUGUACACAAUGUCAUACAUCCUCACGCUGAUGGCCUCCACCAAUCACAGCCCUUGAUUAAAGUUUAACACUGCAACUAAAAUAGCAGAUUCAGUAUCAUAAUCGUCAUUACUUAUUUAUUUUGCUGACACUUUUCUAAUAAAUGUCUUACAAUGAUUUACCCAUUUAUACAGCAGGGUAGUUUUUAAUGGAGUAUCACAGGGUAAGUGCCUUGAUCAAGGCAUGCUGAUGCAGCAGGUAGCCCUGGCAGCUCACAGGUUCUGAUCUUCUUAGAUGGGCAUAGGUUCAAGUCUGGCCCAGAGUUUGUAUGUUCUCCCUGUGUUCACAACCCAAAGACAUGUGCAGGAGAAAGCAAUGGUGGACAACAUUCGUACCUUCCUUUACCAUGACAAGUAUCAGUUGAAUUUUACUCGACAGCACUUUAUCUACCAGCCUACCUUGAUGAACCGUGCUACAGUAGGAACAGGGAUCAAACAUUAUUAGUGAUGCAGCACAGCACCUCUUACAGCAUAGUGUCCGCAUGCUUUGCAGAGCAAAAGACGGGCAGUGACCUUUUCAACUUCAUAUCAUUAAUGUCCAUGAGUACCCUGCUUCACACCUUAUCAGUCUUAUGUAGAACAGGAAGCUUAGUGAUAAUGAUUAAAAUUGUAAUAUUAAAAGACAUGCUUUUACAUGUUAUUUUAGUUAAUUUUAGGUGACCCAGGAACUGAUUUAUUUUCCUAAAGAAAUAAUUGCAAUCCGUCCCCUUGCAACUGGAAUUCAUCUGGCCAGGCAGUUUUACUGAAGUAAUAAUCCUGUUAUAUGAGAAAUGGGUAUGUUUAAUUUUCAUGUAUUUUCAUGACUGGCUGUUCCACUGGUUACAGUAAAUUGAUGAAUUCUUAGCCCUGGGCCCUGGAACCGUUUAAUUUUAUCCAGUGAUAGUUCUUCUCUUAAUAA